AUCGUUUCUAAUGGUUAAUAAAAUUUUGGAAAAACGUUUGAUAUUAUAGCACGAUAAUCUUUGCGUGCCUGCUAAAACCAGAAACUGACGCUUUCCCGAUAUGUUCCGAGUAGGAGACAAAUAGAGAGAAAGAGGCAGAGGGAGAGCUGAGCAACUAGAUGCCAAUAUGCUAACAAAUGGCAACAUUUUGCGACUAUAUGUCUGCCUAGUCUUUCUAUAUUUGCAUACAAGUUUUGCUCGGGGCUAUCUGUUGGAAUAUGAUAAAGCUAUUAUAGAAGAUGCGCAGCUUAAAACGCACGAACUUAUACGCAAGUAUGGCUUAAAGGCGGAAGUACACAAGGUCUAUACCAAGGAUGGGUUCGUGCUGACCGCCCAUCGCAUACCCCGACCCGGUGGUCAGCCCGUGCUGUUGCUGCAUGGCUUGGAGGAUAGCUCCGCCACAUGGGUCAUGAUGGGUCCAGAACAAGGCUUGGGGUAUCUGCUAUUCGAACGUGGCUACGAUGUGUGGAUGCUGAAUUCCCGCGGAAACACCUAUUCGCGCAAACACCUGAGACUGCAUCCAUUCAUGUCACAAUUCUGGGAUUUUUCAUUUCACGAGGUUGGCAUCUACGAUCUGACCGCUAGCAUAGACUAUGUCCUGGGCAAGACCAACUUCAAAAAGUUGCACUACAUAGGUCAUUCGCAGGGCACCACAUCGUUCUUAGCCUUGGGCAGCGACCGACCAGCCUAUAUGAAAAAAAUAAAAGCUAUGCAUGCCCUGGCACCGCCGGCUUUCUUCGAUAACCUUGGGUCACCAAUUGCAAAAGCACUUGCUCCAUAUGCUCGCUCUAUAUAUACCCUAUUAAAAAUUAUAGGAAUUCAUGAAAUCCCCGUGGAGAGCGAAGUAUGGCGUCGCUUGAUAUAUCAGAUUUGCAGUUUCGCCUUUCGAAAUACUUGUACCUUUUUAUUUUUCUUCGUGAAUGGAGGAAAUGAGGCGCAACUUAAUGUGACGAUGACGCCGAUUAUCGCGGCUCACGCGCCCGCAGGAUCCUCGGCAAAGUCAAUUGCACACUAUGCCCAGCUCUAUCACAGUGGUGGCUUCUACAAAUAUAACUAUGACACUCCAGGAGAGAAUCGAAGGCGGCAUGGAACGUUCAAGGCGCCAGAGUACAAUCUGACAAAUGUCGAUUGCAAGAUGGCUUUAUAUUAUGCCAAGAAUGAUCUUGUAGUUGCGGUAAAGGAUGUGCAAAGACUGCGAUCCAUUCUCCCCAAUGUGGUGCACGAUGAGCUGAUUGCCUACGAGAAAUUCUCUCACGUCGACUUCGUUUGGGCGAUCGAUGCCAGGAGCCUGCUUUAUGAGAGUCUGUUGGAUGUUAUGCAGAGAGUUGACAAUGGCGAAUUGUGAUAUAUAGUAUAUGUUAUUAUUAAGGACUAUAAAUACCGUUAAAAGGCUUGCCAUGAUGAACAUCUUAUUCUUUCCAAAUUGUAUUGUAAUUGUUUGUGAAAAUACUGCCUUACUGUAGUCAGAAAAUGAAUUGAAAGCUGCGCAAAUAGUAUUAAGUAAAUAAUUGUAAUUAGGAAUUGUGUUUAUUUAAUAAAAAGCGUCAUCAUUUUGGUAUCGGAUCAGUUUAAACUG